AUAUACCAACACUCCUACACUGGAUAUUAUGUCCUGAGCAAAAUUCCUCAUGGGGAUCCUCAAAGUCUGGACCCACCGGAAGUGAGCAACGCAAAACUUCAGUAUGCAGGCUGGGGUCCUAAAGGCCAGCAGCUGAUAUUUAUCUUUGAAAACAAUAUCUACUACUGUGCGCACGUCGGGAAGCAGGCCAUCCGUGUGGUCUCGACUGGAAAGGAGGGCGUGAUCUACAACGGCCUCAGCGACUGGCUGUAUGAAGAGGAGAUUUUGAAGACUCACAUCGCCCACUGGUGGUCUCCGGAUGGCACAAGGCUCGCCUACGCCACCAUCAACGACUCCCGCGUGCCCAUCAUGGAGCUCCCAACCUACACCGGCUCCAUCUACCCCACGGUGAAGCCCUACCACUACCCCAAGGCUGGAUGUGAAAACCCCAGCAUUUCCCUGCACGUCAUUGGCUUAAAUGGACCCACCCACGAUCUAGAGAUGAUGCCACCCGAUGAUCCACGGAUGAGGGAGUACUACAUCACCAUGGUGAAGUGGGCCACCAGCACCAAGGUGGCCGUCAACUGGCUGAGCCGGGCGCAGAACGUGUCCAUCCUCACCCUCUGCGACGCCACCACUGGGGUCUGCACAAAGAAACAUGAGGAUGAGAGCGAAGCCUGGCUCCACAGACAGAAUGAAGAACCGGUAUUCUCCAAGGAUGGCCGAAAGUUCUUCUUUGUCCGAGCCAUCCCACAGGGGGGACAAGGAAAAUUCUAUCACAUCACCGUGUCAUCAUCGCAGCCCAACAGCAGCAAUGACAACAUACAGUCCAUCACCUCCGGAGACUGGGACGUGACCAAGAUCCUGGCCUACGACGAGAAGCGGAAUAAGAUCUACUUCCUGAGCACAGAAGACCUGCCGCGGAGGAGACAGCUCUACAGCGCCAGCACGGUGGGCACCUUCAACAGGCAAUGCCUGUCCUGUGACCUGGUGGAGAACUGCACGUACUUCAGCGCCUCCUUCAGCCACAGUGCCGACUUCUUCCUGCUCAAGUGUGAAGGUCCUGGAGUCCCCAUGGUGACAGUGCACAACUCAACAGAUAAGAAAAAAAUGUUUGAUCUAGAAACAAAUGAGCACGUGCAGAAGGCCGUACAAGACCGACAGAUGCCUAAAGUAGAAUACAGGAAGAUCGAGGUUGACGAUUACAACUUGCCCAUUCAGAUCCUCAAGCCAGCCACCUUCACCGACACGGCCCACUACCCCUUGCUCCUGGUGGUGGACGGCGCCCCGGGGAGCCAGAGCGUGGCCGAGAAGUUCGAGGUGACCUGGGAGACGGUGCUGGUGAGCAGCCACGGAGCCGUGGUGGUCAAGUGCGACGGCCGCGGCAGUGGCUUCCAAGGAACCAAGCUCCUGCACGAAGUGGGGCGGAGGCUGGGCUCCCUGGAGGAGAAGGACCAGAUGGAGGCUGUGCGGAUGCUGCUGAAGGAGCAAUACAUUGACCAGGCACGUGUGGCCGUGUUUGGGAAGGAUUAUGGCGGGUACCUGAGCACUUACAUCCUCCCGGCAAAGGGUGAAAAUCAGGCUCCGGUUUUCACCUGUGGCUCUGCUCUCUCUCCGAUCACGGACUUCAAGCUCUACGCGUCCGCGUUUUCCGAGAGGUACUUGGGCCUCCAUGGACUUGACAACAGAGCAUAUGAGAUGACCAAGGUGGCACACCGCGUGUCAGCACUGGAAGAACAGCAGUUUCUGAUCAUUCACGCAACCGCGGAUGAAAAAAUCCAUUUCCAGCACACGGCGGAACUCGUUACACAACUAAUUAAGGGGAAGGCUAAUUACAGCUUACAGAUCUACCCGGACGAAAGCCAUUACUUUCACAGUGCCUCCCUGCACCAGCACCUGUACCGAUCCAUCAUCAGCUUCUUUGUGGAGUGCUUCCGCGUUCGGGACAGGCUGCCCACGGCCACAGCCAAAGAGGAGGAGGAGGAGGACUGA